UGACGCAUCCGGCCCUGACUAGUCCUCUAGUGACACAGAUAAAAGAAUGGCAAACUCCUUUGCAUCAAAGACCUUCACCACACUUUCAGAUCUGCAUCCAAAUAUGGCUAAUCUGAAAAUAAUUGGUAUAGUUAUUGGGAAGACAGAUGUCAAAGGCUUUCCAGACAGAAAAAAUAUCGGAUCAGAGAGAUACACUUUCAGUUUCACCAUUCGGGACUCACCAACGCAUUUUGUCAAUGUGACAUCCUGGGGCAGCGAAGGUUACAUCAGGUCACUUUCUGACAGCUUUAGGGUUGGAGAGUGCGUGAUCAUCGAAAAUCCCCUGAUUCAAAGAAAGGAACUAGAAAGAGAAGAAAAAUUCAGCCCUGCAACUCCCAGCAGCUGUAAGCUAUUGCUCAGUGAGAAUCACUCCACGGUAAAAGUUUGUUCCAGUUACCAAGUGGACACCAAGCUCCUUGCUUUGAUAUACUUACCUGUCAAAGAGUCUCAUGAUUUUUAUUCAUUGGGUGACAUUGUUGCAAAUGGAUGCAGUCUGGAUGGGAGGAUUAUUAACGUGCUUGCGGCAGUGCGGUCGGUUGGAGAGCCAAAACACUUUACAACUUCAGACCGGAGGAAAGGCCAGAGGUGUGAGGUGAAGCUCUAUGAUGAGACAGAGUCUUCUUUUGCAAUGAUAUGUUGGGAUAAUGAAUCUAUCCUGGUUGCACAGAGCUGGGUGCCGCGAGACACAGUGAUAUUUGCCUCAGAUGUAAGAAUAAGUUUUGACAAAUUUCGGAACUGCAUGACGGCAACUGUAAUCUCAAAAACCAUUAUUACGACUAAUCCAGAUACCCCAGAAGCUAACAUCCUGUUGAAUUUUAUAAGAGAAAAUAAAGAAACAAAUCCUCUGGAUGCUGAAAUGGACAGUUACUUGAGAGAAUCCGUAAAUUUAAAUACAAUAGUUGAUGUCUACACAGUUGAGCAAUUAAAAGUAAAAGCUUUGAAGAAUGAAGGGAAGGCUGACCCUUUCUAUGGCAUUCUUUAUGCUUACAUUUCUACGCUGAAUAUUGAUGAUGACGCCACGACAGUAGUUCGACACCAAUGCUCAGGCUGUGGUUAUGUUGUAAAUGAAGCAUCCAGCACUUGUACUGCUUGCAGCAAAAAUUCUUUGGAAUUUCGGUCUGUUUUUCUCAGCUUCCACUUGCUGAUUGACCUCACGGACCACACAGGUACCCUCCAGGCCUGCAGUCUCACGGGACGGGUUGCUGAGGAGACGUUAGGCUGCACCGUAAAUGAGUUUCUUGCAAUGACGGAUGAACAGAAAACAGCACUGAAGUGGCAAUUUCUUCUGGAAAGAAGCAAAAUUUAUUUAAAACUUUUUUUAUCACACAGAGCGAGGGGCGGAUUGAGAAUUAGUGUGCUCUCAUGUAAGCUGGCAGACCCUGUUGAGGCAAGUAGGAGCUUGUCUGGGCAAGGAAAAAUUUAAAACAAGAUACUUCAAACUCUGGACAAGAAUAUGAGUUUCUAUUUUCUUGAGAGUGGAAAAUGAGUUUGAAAACUAUGGAUAAAAUUGUAUUUUGUUCAAAGGUGGUAAAAAUGUUUCUAUAAAUUGUUAUUAUGUAUCCUUCUGGAGCUGGUUAGGGGAUAAGUCUUAAAAUCUCUCAUCCACCCCAGCUCCUUUCCUAGAAGGCCUUUUGGCUGAUUUUGCCCUCUCUUCCCAAGCUGGAAAAUGUGUGUGGGAAUUA